AUGUUGAACAAGAUGACCUUACAUCCACAGCAGAUAAUGAUAGGUCCUAGGUUUAACAGGGCCCUAUUUGACCCCCUGCUUGUGGUGCUGUUGGCUCUUCAGCUUCUUGUGGUGGCUGGUCUAGUGAGGGCUCAAACUUGCCCUUCUGUCUGCUCCUGCAGCAACCAGUUCAGUAAAGUGAUUUGUGUGCGGAAAAAUCUUAGAGACGUGCCAGACGGCAUCUCCACCAACACCCGGCUACUCAAUCUCCAUGAGAACCAGAUCCAAAUCAUUAAAGUUAAUAGCUUCAAGCAUCUGAGGCACCUAGAAAUCCUGCAGCUCAGCAGGAAUCACAUCAGAACAAUUGAAAUAGGGGCUUUCAAUGGUCUGGCCAAUCUCAACACUUUGGAACUCUUUGACAAUCGUCUGACCACUAUCCCAAAUGGGGCUUUUGUAUACCUGUCAAAACUGAAGGAACUGUGGUUGAGAAACAACCCCAUUGAGAGCAUCCCUUCUUAUGCAUUUAACAGAAUACCUUCUCUCCGGAGGUUGGAUUUGGGGGAAUUGAAAAGGCUUUCAUACAUCUCAGAAGGUGCCUUUGAAGGUCUGUCCAACUUGAGGUAUUUGAACCUUGCCAUGUGCAAUCUUCGAGAGAUUCCUAACCUUACUCCGCUUGUAAAAUUGGAUGAGUUAGAUCUUUCUGGGAAUCACCUGACUGCCAUCCGGCCAGGUUCUUUCCAAGGGUUAAUGCAUCUUCAGAAAUUGUGGAUGAUACAGUCCCAGAUUCAAGUGAUAGAAAGGAAUGCUUUUGAUAACCUUCAGUCACUUGUAGAGAUCAACCUGGCACACAACAAUCUAACACUACUGCCUCAUGACCUGUUCACACCACUCCGCCUAGAAAGGAUCCACUUGCAUCACAAUCCUUGGAACUGCAACUGUGAUAUCCUUUGGCUCAGCUGGUGGAUUAAAGACAAGGCACCCUCCAAUACUGCAUGCUGUGCCCGUUGCCACACGCCUCCCAGUUUAAAAGGAAGGUACAUUGGUGAGCUGGACCUGAAUUACUUCACAUGUUAUGCUCCAGUCAUAGUGGAGCCACCAGCAGACCUCAACGUCACAGAAGGCAUGGCUGCAGAGAUGAAAUGCCGGGCAUCGACCUCCCUGACCUCCGUAUCUUGGAUUACUCCAAAUGGAUCCGUAAUGACGCAUGGGGCGUACAGAGUUCGGAUUGCUGUGCUCAGUGAUGGCACAUUAAAUUUUACAAAGGUAACUGUGCAAGACACGGGUUUGUACACAUGCAUGGUGAGUAACUCUGUUGGGAAUACCACGGCUUCUGCCACGCUGAAUGUGACUGCCCUGGAUAACCCCGGUUACACGUACUUUUCAACCGUCACGGUAGAGACUGUGGAACCUUCUCAGGAUGAGGCACAGACCACAGAGCAGGUUGGGCCCACACCAGUUACCAACUGGGAAAUCAUUAACAUGACGACCUCACUCACUCCACAGAGCACAAGAUCAACAGAAAAAACGUUCACCAUUCCUGUGACGGACGCAAACAACGGGAUCCCAGGAAUAGAUGAGGUUAUGAAGACUACCAAAAUCAUAAUUGGUUGUUUUGUGGCUAUCACUCUCAUGGCUGCUGUGAUGCUGGUAAUUUUCUACAAAAUGAGGAAGCAGCAUCACCGGCAGAACCAUCAUGCUCCAACACGGACUGUAGAGAUCAUUAAUGUGGAUGAUGAGCUUACAGGUGACACACCCAUAGAGAGUCAUUUGCCCAUGCCAGCAAUAGAGCAUGAGCACUUAAAUCACUAUAACUCAUAUAAAUCUCCUUUCAACCACACAACAACAGUUAACACAAUAAAUUCAAUACACAGUUCAGUGCAUGAACCGUUAUUGAUCCGAAUGAACUCGAAAGACAAUGUUCAAGAGACUCAAAUCUAA